AUGACCGACUACGAACUGCUUCUCAGCAAAGAGGACAAGUACAAAGGUAUGGCUUUUCGUAGUGGUUGGUCCACUAAACACUCUAUUUUCAGAGUUCUACAGGUACAGACUCAACGCCUUUUACUAUUUAACCGUACUCGUCAUCGUCAUUUUCCUCGUCGCCAACUUUCUGAACUACAACCCUGACGGUGAAGCGGUUCCUUCCGCAGGAGUCAACUUCCAGCCAGAUAGAAACUUUAUUACUUCUCAAAAAUCUGGUCAGGAACUGCCAGUGACAACCACUCCUUCCGUAGAUUCUUCUGCUGAUUCUGCCUUUGUAAUCUGUGCUAUUUCAGUCCCCGUCAGUUCCGUACAAAUACGGGAAUCUACCGAAAUGUGAUCUUUCGAAGGACGCUGAAACGCCUCUGAUCAACGCGAAAGAGGCCACACUGCAGUUCUUCCGAUGCGCUUCGAUGAUUCUGAUGAGGUUCGCGCGGAAUCCAGAAGGACUGCUCUUCAACUGGCCCUACACGAUAUACGUUUGCGACGAGGAGGACGAGAUCAUGAAGAUCCCGUUGCAAUCGUUUGAUAACGGAGAGAAACAGUACUGGGCGGUGCUGCCAAGAUGUGUUUGUGCCUCUCAUUUCGGGUACAACUUUUGAUGGUUUUCUGAUUUUCAGCAAGAGAAAUCGACAUUCAUAACAUUGGGCACUGGAAAUAACUCAAAAGCCGAAGACGACUUGAGAGCCAUCGUGCAGAACAUAACUUCGUUCGGAACGGAUCCUUUUUUGAAUGAGAACAAGAGGUACGACCACUUCUACCAGACGGCCAUCUCCAACAAUGAGACCAAGUUGCAAAUGAACAACGAAGCGACACUCUACAACGUGACGGCCACCGAUCAGGCAGUGUUCUUCAAUGAAACUGUCGCCGCGAAGGUAUGGGAUGGAAGUGAUCAGAUUCUUUCUAAAAACUUUAUCUCUUCAGAAGAUCGACAUGCUGUGGAUCAACCCUAACGCCGGCAAUUUCCAGUACUGGAAGUAUUUGAACCUCGACGGAGAGUUUGAUAAACUCGGCAUAAUAGUGUGUCAACUGAACAUUGAAAUCACAAAAAGCGACGCGAAACACUGGGAGAAGUUCAUAAUGCCGUUGGUGAGGGAGCGGAGGUACGUCUUCAUGCGUCCGAUGGCGACGCAAGGAGGCAACGUGACGAGGACUUUCUUCCUGAAUGCCAAGGAUCGCGAGUGCGUCAGAAAGUACCUGCAGUAG